AUGCCAGGUACUGUGGAUGUAGCAGAGAAUAAGAUAGAAGAUACUGAUUUUGAUAGGCGACAUCACUGCCCACAUCUCCCUACCAAGAUUUAUGAUAAAACAGAGCAACCAUGUCUUUUUUCCGAGUACACCGAGAACUACCCUCUCUAUCAUUCUUACCUGCCCAGAGAGUCUUUCAAGCCCAAGCUCGAGUACAAGAAAGGGUCCAUACCAAUGGAAGGCCUGACCACAUCACGGAGAGAUUUUGGGCUUCACAAAGUGUUACCAGUGAAGGCCUUCCAGCCCAAGCAGUUUGUCCCAAAUGGAGAGAACAUGGACUUGCUCACCACAUAUAAACAGGAUUAUAACCCCUACCCUGUGUGUCGAGUGGACCCUAUCAAGCCUCCUGACAGCAAAUAUCUGCAUGACAAUAGGAUGGAGUGUCUGCCUACGUAUAAAGCUGACUAUUUACCUUGGAACCAACCGAGACGAGAACCACUUCGUCCUGCGUACCACUACCGGCCAUCAUCAACCAAGUUUGAUAAUAAAACCACACACCAGGAUGACUACUACAUAAAGGGCCUUGUGAACACCAUGAGCUGCAAGCCUCUGUCUGUACCAAAGCUUUGCAACAUCCCCCUGGAAGAUUUGACCAACUACAAGAUGAGCUACGUGGCCCACCCUGUGGAGAAGCGCUUUGUUCAUGAGGCUGAGAAGUUCAGGCCGUGUGAAAUCCCUUUUGAAAGCGGAACCACCCACAAAGAUUCCUUCCAGGGCCUGUUGGGGGAGCCUGCCAAGAGCUUGAAACCUCCAGCCAAGCCCUGUGUAUUAGAUAAACCUUUUUCCAACACCACUGAAUUUAGAGAUAAGUACCAAGCAUGGCCAACACCCCAGAUGUUAUCCAAAGUUCCCACCACCUAUGUCCCUCCUGAGGAGAAGAUGGACCUUCUGACAACAGUGCGGGCCCAUUACACGCACCCUAAGGGCAGCCCAGCUAAGUCCUGCCGCCCUGUGCUCCAGAUCAAGAAGGUGGGGAGCCGUUUCGAGGGCUCCACCACCACCAAGGAUGACUACAAGCAGUGGGCUCACAUCCGCACAGAGCCGGUGAAGCCCUCUCCCCAGCUGAACCUCCCCACACAGCCCUUGGACUACCUGACCACCACACAGGCCCACUAUGUGCCCCACCCCCCCAUCAGUACCAAAAGCUGUAAGCCCCCCUGGGCUGGCCUUCAAGGAAAUAUUCCUGUGGAGGGCAAGACCACCUACGCCAUCAGUUUUACUCCCAAGGAAAUGGGCAGGUGCCCAGUGUCAUACCCUGAGCCCCCUGGCUACACCUUUGAGGAAACGGAUGCUUUUGGACAUAGGAUAUACAGGCUGGUUUCCCACACAGGCUCUCCCAGCAAUAGCCGGCUGUCUGUAGGUGAUGCAGAAAACCCUAACCAGAGGGAGUUGGCAGUGUCAGUUUGA